GUGGCAUUCAAGGCAAAGCGAAGAGUGAGAGAGGAGGGUUCGGAGAGCGGAAAGCCCGGCACAUCAGCAAAACUGAAUUUAAUCGGCGCCUGACAAAAGAAUGCAAUUUCAACUGGUCUUUUUUUUGCACCUUGGGUUGUUCAGUUACACGAAAGCCCACGAUGAACGCAAAAGGGGCUCCUGUCACCCCACCACCGGUGAUCUCCUGGUGGGUCGCAGUGCACAGCUCACGGCUUCUUCUACCUGCGGACUGGACGGAGCCCAGAAAUACUGCAUCCUCAGCUACCUCGAGGGGGAGCAAAAAUGUUUCAUCUGCGACUCGAGAUUUCCGUACGACCCCGACGCCCCCUCCCUCAGCCACACCAUUGAGAACGUAAUUACCAGUUUUGAACCGGAGACAGGAAGGAAAUGGUGGCAAUCUGAGAACGGUGUUGAUCAUGUCAGCAUCAGAUUGGACCUAGAGGCAUUAUUUCAGUUCAGCCACCUCAUUCUGACCUUCAAGACUUUUCGGCCUGCUGCGAUGUUAGUUGAACGUUCCGCAGACUAUGGACACACCUGGAAAGUACUCAAAUAUUUUGCGAAAGACUGUGCUGCUUCCUUUCCCAGUAUCUCUUCAGGCCAGGCCCAGGCAGUGGGAGACCUUGUUUGUGACUCUAAAUAUUCGGAUAUCGAACCUUCCACUGGUGGCGAGGUCGUUUUAAAAGUUCUGGAUCCCAGCUUUGAAAUUGCAAACCCUUACAGCCCCUACAUCCAGGACCUCGUGACAUUAACAAAUCUGAGGAUAAACUUCACCAAACUCCAUACCCUGGGGGACACUUUGUUCGGAAGGAGGGAGAAUGAGUCCCUGGGGAACUACUACUACGCUCUGUAUAAGAUGGUGGUGCAGGGCAGCUGUUUUUGCAACGGUCAUGCCAGCGAGUGUGGCCCGGCGCAGAAGGUGCGGGGAGACGUGUUCAGCCCUCCCGGGAUGGUUCACAGUCGCUGCGUCUGUCAGCACAAUACAGACGGCCCGAACUGCGAGAGGUGCAGGGACUUCUUCCACGACGCCCCGUGGAGGCCGGGAGCAGGCCACCAGGACAGCACGUGCAGAGCUUGUCACUGCAACAGCCACGCCGACCACUGUCACUUCGACAUGACGGCGUAUGUGAGGAGCGGCGGCCGCAGCGGGGGCGUGUGCGAAGACUGCCGCCACAACACCGAGGGGCAGCACUGUGACCGCUGCAGACCCCUCUUCUACAGGGACCCACUCAAGGCCAUGUCUGAUCUGUACGCCUGCAUCCCCUGUGAAUGUGACCCGGACGGGACCUUAUCGGGUGGCAUGUGUGUGAGUCAGUCUGAUCCUGUUUUGGGGACUGUGGCCGGCCAGUGCUUGUGCAAAGAGAACGUGGAAGGAGCCAAGUGUGACCGGUGCAAGCCCAACCACCACGGGCUGAACGCGACCGACCCAAUGGGCUGUCAGCCCUGUGACUGUAACCCCUUUGGGAGUCUUCCCCUCUCAGCCUGCGAUGUGGACACGGGGCAGUGCUUAUGCCAGACGUUUGCCACAGGACCACACUGUGAAGAAUGCACCGCUGGAUACUGGGGACUGGAAGAUGACCUCCACGGCUGUUCUCCCUGCGACUGCGACAUUGGAGGUGCUUAUUCCAACGUGUGCUCCCCCAAGGAUGGACAGUGUGAAUGCCGCCCACACGUCACUGGCCGCCGCUGCACGGAACCGGCCCCCGGCUACUUCUUUGCUCCUUUGAAUUUCUAUCUGUAUGAGGCAGAGGAGGCCACCCCACUGGAAGGACGUGCGCCUCUGGUAUCGGCAACAGUGCUGCCUACAUGUGAUGUGUAUUUCCAGCAACAAGGGAGCGAUUUCACAGUUGACAAGGGCUGUAUAAUACUGAAGAGCAAUCAGAAGCAGAGUGUGCCUGCUGACGAGCGGAGUGAGGGCUCAGUGACUUUUGGCCAGGUGCCUGCCUUUCACAUGGUUUUCCGAGAACCAGUUCCUGGAACCCCUGUUACGUGGACUGGACCUGGAUUUGCCAGCGUUCUCCCUGGGGCCGGCUUGAGAUUUGUCGUCAGCAACAUUUCCUUGCCCAUGGACUUCACCAUCGCCCUUUGCUACGAGCCUCAGCCUGCAGCCGACUGGACUGUCCAGGUCCUGGUUAAGCCCCUUGGAGGGAGCAAGCACUGUCCACGCAAGAGUCCACGGCCACGGCCUUUGUCUUUCCCUUUACCGGCGGCUUCCAGAAUCGUGCUGCUGCCCACAACCAUCUGUUUAGAACCAGAUGUACAAUAUUCCAUAGAUGUCCAUUUUUCCCGGCCUUUGGAAGGAGGGCCCCACGCUCAGUCCCACAUCCUGGUUGACUCACUUGUUCUGAUUCCCCAAAUCAAUUCACUGGAGAAUUUCUGCAGCAAGCAAGACUUAGAUGAAUAUCAGCUACACAGCUGUGUUGAAAUUGCCUCGAAGACGGGACCCCAGGUGCUCCCUGAUGUGUGUGAAAGGCUGAUAGUCAGCAUGUCCGCCAGGCUGCACAACGGGGCAGUAGCCUGUAAGUGUCACCCCCAGGGCUCAGUGGGGCCCCGCUGCAGCCGACUCGGGGGCCAGUGCCCAUGCAAGCCUCAUGUGGCCGGGCGCUGCUGUGACAGGUGCUCACCAGGAAGCUAUGGCUUGGGACAUCAUGGCUGUCACCCAUGUCACUGUCAUCCGCAAGGCUCAAAGAGCCCUAUAUGUGACCAAAUAACGGGACAGUGCUCCUGCCAGGGGGAGGUGGCCGGCCGCCGUUGUGACCGGUGCCUGGAAGGCUACUUUGGGUUCCCCAGCUGCCGCCCUUGCCUUUGUAAUGGAUUCGCGGAACUUUGUGAUCCCGAAACAGGCUCGUGCUUCAAUUGUGGAGGGUUUACGACUGGAAGAAACUGUGAAAGAUGCAUCGAUGGUUACUAUGGGAAUCCUCCUUCGGGACAGUCCUGCCGUCCUUGCCGAUGUCCAGACGUUCCCUCAAGUAGCCAGUAUUUUGCCCAUUCCUGUUAUCAGCAUCCUUGGAGCUCAGAUGUGAUCUGCAAUUGUCUUCAGGGUUAUGCAGGUAAGCAGUGUGGAGAGUGCUCUGCGGGUUUCUACGGAAAUCCCAGAAUUUCGGGAGCACCUUGCCAACCGUGUGCCUGCAACAACAACACCGACGUGACGGACCCUGAGUCCUGCAGCCGGCUGACGGGGGAGUGCCUGAAGUGUUUGCACAACACGCAGGGGCCCCACUGCCAGUUCUGCAAACCAGGUCACUUUGGAUCGGCCAUCAAUCAGACCUGCCGGAGGUGCUCCUGCCAUCCUUCUGGGGUGAAUCCUGCCAAGUGUCCCCCUGGUCGGGGAGCUUGCCUCUGUGACCCUGACACUGGCACGUGCCCUUGUCUGCCCAACGUCAUGGGCCGGGCCUGUGACCGCUGUGCCGAUGGACACUGGAAUCUCGUCCCCGGCAGAGGAUGCCAGCCAUGCGACUGUGACCCCCGGACCUCUCAUGGCGGCCACUGUGACCAGCUUACAGGCCAGUGUCCGUGUAAAUUAGGCUAUGAUGGGAAACUCUGCAGCGAGUGCAAGGAAGAUUAUUACCGUGACCCACUGGGGCGAUGCAUUCCAUGUGACUGCAACAGGGAAGGUGCCCAGAAGCCCACCUGUGACCGGGACACGGGCACGUGCCACUGCCGGGAGGGGGUUGGCGGCCCGCGAUGCGAUCGCUGCGCCCGGGGUCACGGCCGGGAAUUCCCUGCCUGUCUGCCGUGUCAUGGCUGCUUUGAUCCCUGGGACCACACGGUUUCUGCCCUCUCCAAAGCGGUGCAGGGGUUAAUGAGGCUGGCUGCUAACAUGCGAGAUAAAAGAGAGCCCAUGAGGGUCUGCGAGGCCGACUUCAAAGGCCUCAGAGAGAACAUGUCUGAAAUAGAAAGGAUUCUGAAACAUCCUGUUUUCUCAUCGGGGGAAUUCUCAACCGUCAAGGAUUAUCAGGACUCUGUUCGGGAACAAAUCAUGCAGCAAAGUGUGCAAAUGAAAGCUGUGCGUGAGUUUCCAGAUCUGAAAGAAAGGAUAGGGAGGAGGAGGAAUGAAGCAGACCUCUUACUUGAAGAACUCCGGCGAGAAAUCGGUUUGCGCUCCCAUGCCCGCAGCGCAAGCAUCACGGAUUCCUCAGAGGACAUCAAGAGGCAUUAUCAGACGUCAUCAUCUGCUGAAAAGAAAAGUAAUGAAACCAUUUCUAUCAUAAAAAACUCUGAAAAAAACAGAAACGACUUACUUACCAUCUUCGAUACGCUAACCUCAAAACAGAACUCGUCAUUGGAAAAACUGAAGCAGAUUACGGUACCAGAUAUCCAAAGACUGAAAGAAAAGGUGUGUGCAGACCCCAGGGACAUGCCCUGCGUGCUCGCAUUCUGUGAUGGCCCCAGCUGCCGCAGCUCCCCGCCCCUCUCGAGCGAUGCCCUCCAGCAAGCUCAGGAGGCAGAGUCUGCAAUUCGUAAUUUGAGCGACCAGGUUCAGGGUUGGAAGAACCAGCUCAAAAAUGUAAGUAAACUGGCAGAAAUCUCCAAAAACAGUGCCUUACAGCUAAAUGAGAAACUGAGAAAUAUGAAAAAUCAAAGUGAAUCUGAAGAAGAGAAAAUGAAUCUCUUAAUCAAAAAACUGAAAACAUUUUUGUCAGAGGAAAACGUGCCUCCGGAGGAUAUAGAGAAGGUUGCAAAUCGCGUACUUGAUGUCCAUCUACCCAUGACAUCGCAGAAUCUAACCCAUGAACUUGACAAAGUGCAGAAGCUGAUGCUGCUCUGUGAGGACGAUGGGGCAGAUGAAGACAGGCUACAUAAUGCAGCCAAGGAAGCCCAGGAGGUUUUGGUGAAGGCAGAAGAUGCUGAAAAAGCAGCAAAUGUUCUACUAAACCUUGACAAAACGCUGAAUGAGUUGCAACAAGUUCAAGUCACCCAAGGAUGGGUAAACUCUACCAUUACACAGCUGACGGCAGAGAUCAAGAAAAUUAAAGAGAGCACACUACAGGCCGAAAAGAAAGCCAAGCACACCAAGAAUGAGUGGGACUUAGCAAAGCAGUCGUCUGUGCUGGAGGACAGGCUCUCCGGGCUGCAGACCAAGUUGCAGAGGAACAGAGAGCAAGCUGCCCGUGUGACCGCUCAGGCUGCAUCGGCCCAACGCCAGGCCGGGGACCUCAAGCAGGAGUUUGCAGAGCUGAGAAACCAAUACACUGCUCUUCAACAUAAGACUGGUUCUGUAGGACUGAAAAAGGUUACUUUGAAAAAAGUGGAUCAGCUAAAAGGUGCAGUGGAAAAACUGGCCACAGAUACAGAGGACAAGAUAAGAAGAAUAGCAGAUUUAGAAAAGAAGAUCCAAGAUCUGCAUCUGAGUAGACAAGAAAAAGCGGAGCAACUGAAACAGCUGGAAGAUCAAGUGGUUGCCAUUAAAAACGAGAUUGUCGAGCAAGGAAAUAAAUAUGCUACUUGCUAUACUUAGGCAGAGGCAAAGGGUGAGUGGCCUCUGCCUUCUUUUCUGGCUUCUGAUAAGGAAGCCUGAGGAGCUGUGCUGAACUUGGGAAACAGAAAGAGUCAGCCCCACCUCCUCCGGCUCCGGAGCCCGCUCCUAGCCAAAGAUCUGAGCUGGACCAAGGAAAUGCUGUUCCACGUGGAAGAGAAAGGAGGAAAUACAGACAUCGUCUCUGGCUUCAGAAACCUUUCCUCUUGCUCUCCUUUCCCUUUCAUAAUGUAAAAAUAAUGUGUUACCUAUGACAAGUACAAAAUAAGUAUUCUGUUUACUAAUUAUCACUUUAGUCAAAUGAACCAAAGUGUGAAAUAAGUUGCCUGUGGGGGGAUGGGGCUUGCAGGGGGUAAAAGUAUUACUAAUCGAUGGGCAUUAAGUUCUGGUGAAGUGAAAUGAGUAAAUUCUAAAGUUCUGCUAUACAUUGUAUAUAAGUCAACAAAGUAUUGCACACUUAAAUGUACGUUCAGAAAAUAGAUCUCAUCUUAAAUGUUCUUACAACAAUAAAGCAGAAUAAAAAUAAAUGUAAACAAAUUAAGCUAAAAUACAUCCAUGUCUCUAACACUAGGAUAGAAUGAAUCUGGAUGGCAUGUGCUAGACUGGCCUGGGUUUUAUUUUUAAUUAUUUAUUAUUUAAUUAUUAAUUAUUUUUAAUUUGGAUUUGCUUUAUCUCUAAAACGAUUAUUUUGAACAAAAUGCAUACAAUUCAAAAUGUAAUGUCUUUUUCCACCCACUUCCCUCUAUAUUCAUUCUCACAACCAAAGGGUUCUGUUUGCCCCAAACGGCACUGGAACAAUAUUCAAAAAGACAAAUAUUGAAAUACUUUUUGUAAUUUGUCUGUAAGCAGUUUUUCUGUAAAAUGCGCUACUGAUUUUUGAAAGACCAGCAAUCCCAUUGUUAUUGUUUAGUGUGAAAGAUCAGAUUUUCUCAUUUCAAAAUGGGUCGAUGAUUUUGCAUGAACUUUUUUUUUUUGCAUAUAUGAUAUAUAACCGAGCACCUUCGCUUCUGCUUGUGAAAGCCAUCCUUCAGAGGGAUUAUUGUAAGGGAAUUUGGCCCCACAGUUUUGAAUAAGAAAUAAUAGACAGCAACAUUGAUGUAUGAAAGAGGAAAGCAGCUGGAGCCAUCUUCCUUAAGGACUGACUCAUAAAAAAUGGGUUUAUAAUCAAGGAAGAGGUUUUAGAAUUACACAUAAAUAUGAAAUUUCUUAAAACAUACGUAAUUUAGGAAAAUUGCAGUUUCCCUGGAGAGCCUGAAGAACAAAGUGAAAUUUUUCUACCAAAAAGCCCACCAGAAAUUUCUCUCAAAAUUCCUGAUAGCAAUGCUCUAUAUAUUCAGCACUUAGACAUCUGGAAACUUGACACACAACCUGAACCAGAGUUGCGACGCAGAUUGUCACAAAAUCUAAGCGUGUACUCCAGCAUAGAGGGUAGAAGACACUCCAGCCUUCCCUCCAGGAUACUGACUUCCACCCAUGGACAGAUGAGACACUUAACUUGACGAUUAUGGUUUUCUGUUUGCAAUUGCAACAUUCAACUGUUCUAGCUUGGCAGUGCUAGGAGACUAUGCAAGUAAUAGACAGUGUGGCAAGGGUUAAAGAGGGAGGACUUUCUGUCCUCUGAUCUGGAGGCUUUCAAGGUCACCAGAGGCAGAAAAUUCCCCAGCCCUAAGGAAGGUGCUGGGAUCUGGGGAAUCAAGUCUAAGGGUGAGAGAUAAACUCAUCAUCUCCUCUGGGCCUCCGGGGAUCGGGGAUCGCACUUCAUGAGGUCAUUGAUGAGGCCAGGAAUGAUGUGAUGCACUUUGGAAAGAUUUCCAUUAAAAAGUGGUUAUGCUUUCUAAACUUUGAUGUGUUAAAGUGAUAAGCUUUGGAUAUCUUAAAAAAUGUACCUACGUGAAACAUCUUUUUCCUCAGAUAAAUCAUUUCUAAUUUCUAUUACUUACUGUAUCAGUUGUUCAAGAUGUGACCGAGGCAAAGAUUUUGUGAAACAGUAUCUUUUAUACAUUGCAAAGUCAUCUGAAAAUGUGUAGCAAAGGGACCCUGGGUGGCUCAGUUGGUUAAGCUGCUGCCUUCAGCUCAGGUCAUGAUCCUGGGGUCCUGGGAUUGAGUCUCGCAUCGGGCUCUUUGCUUGGCAGGGAGCCUGCUUCCUCCUCUCUCUCUAUACCUGCCUCUCAGCCUGUGUGUAC